AUGCAGAAUCAGUUGAAAGAUCACAAUCACACAGUACAAAUGCAACACAGCAACAGCAUGAAGCUAAAGGAAAAAAAGGUGAGGGAUUUGAUGGUGAAUAAGAAGAGACUAGUGGAAAUACCGUACACAGCUUCACUAGCUCAAACAAUGAACACACUUGUAGCAAACAAAGUAGUAGCGGUUCCUGUGGCUGCGCCGCCCGGUCAGUGGAUUGGAGCGGGAGGGUCAAUGAUUGUUGAGUCUGAUAAACAAACAGGAGCUGUAAGGAAACAUUAUAUAGGAAUGGUUACUAUGCUAGAUAUUGUUGCUCAUAUAGCUGGUGAUGAUCAUUUGAGUAACAGUGAUUAUGUUAUUGAAGAUCUUGAUCAAAGAAUGUCUGUUCCUGUUUCUUCCAUCAUUGGUCAUUCCUUUGAAGGUCUUAGCUUGUGGACACUCAACCCUAAUACCAGUCUGUUAGAUUGUAUGGAAGUGUUGAGCAAAGGAGUGCAUCGAGCUAUGGUACCUACUGACAGGCAAAUAGAGGACACAAACAUAUCAGCUGGAGUUGAACUAGUUGAAUCUUCUUCAAGUUACCAAAUGCUGACUCAAAUGGAUGUGCUUAGGUUCUUGAAAGAUCAUAGAAAUGAACUACAAAGCACUCUACAUUCACGUACUGUUCAAGAUUUGGGAGCUAUCACUGAGAGGAUUUUCGCUAUCACAGACCGAACAAAACUCAUUGAUGCCAUCAAAUGCUUGAGAGCUGCUAUGUUAAAUGCUCUUCCUAUUGUUAGAGCUUCUGAUGUUUGUGAGGAUGAUCACAAACAACACAUCAAUGGAAGAUGCAGGAAACUUGUUGGUACAAUUUCUGCAACUGAUUUAAGAGGAUGUUACAUAAACACAUUGAAAUCAUGGUUGGGAGCAAGUGCAUUGGCCUUCACUGAACAAAUUGCAACUAGUCCUUUGUACACAGCAUCUGAUACACAGAAUGAUAUUGGUAACUCUACAAGGGAGCUUGUGACAUGCUAUGCUGGUUCCACUUUGUCUGAGGUAAUUGACAAGGCGGUUGCGAAACAUGUUCAUCGGGUUUGGGUGGUUGAUCAAGAGGGUUUGCUUAUAGGUGUUGUGUCUCUUAGUGAUGUAAUUAGAGUUAUAAGGCAAUCUAUGAUAUUAGAUUCAGAUGCAUGA